GAUGAAAUUCAAUGCAAGUGAUAUUAUGAAGACAAGUAAUAUUGAUCAGAGAGAAGAUGAGUAUUGUGUCAGACUAAGAUCAAUUGGUGCUUAUCAAAAUGAACCUAGUACCAAAAAAGAUGAUCCUAUAUGCAAAAGCAGCAACAAGGAAAAGUCUGUUGCUGCCGUACUUUCCCAUUCAUCGGAGAAGGAACACCAUAUUGAUAAUCAGUUGGGUAAAGAGAGAAGUUUUAGUGAUAAAGAGUCUAUGUGGUUGUCUUCAGAUUGUUCAUCACCUUCUGCAUUUUUCAGGGAGUAUAGAUGGUCUGGUUCCUUUCAUCUCUCACUUGAUGAACACAAGAAUGUACACACAGAUUUGAUGGAUGAAAAAGUAGCGACUCGACUACUUAGUUCAGCUACGAAUGAUGCAAAACCAAGAGAGUCGUUGUGUGAUGACUCAACAAGUUGUGGAAACUCUUCAGCUCCUCUUAGAAGCACACCUAGUUCCUCUCAGAUUUUAGAUUUGGAGAGAAUAGGUUACCAAGUAUCUUUGUUGAAUCUUGAUGGGGAUGAUUACAAAUGGAUUCCAGAUACAGAAGUUGAGUCAUAUUGUCUUCAAUAUGCGUUUCACUCUCCAUCAUACAAGACUAGGUCGGAUCACGAAGCUGAGUUCUCUAAUUCUUGUAUUUCUACAGCCACUGAAGCACAAAAUGAAAAACCAGGAUAUUGUUUUCCAUCAGAACAAGCUUCAAAAGCUGUAGAGGUUGAAGAGUCGAAUACAAAUGAACCUCUUUUUUGGCCAUUUGCUCAAAAAAUUGAUUGGAGUGCCGAAGCAACUUGGAACUGUUUUUCCAUGUCACCGCGGAAGAGCAUAGCAACUAUUGGAACUCCACUUGAUUCAAUUAUAUUAAGGCGUUAUAGGGGCAGCAUGGAUCUCAAACAAGAGCGUAGGAGAAAACUAGUGUUUAGCUUAGGAUCAACAACAUCAAAGAUACCAGAUAUGAAGCAAAGCUACACCAAGGGUAUCAAGGAUAUCCGAGAGAUCUGUAAUGCCCCUUCGAGGUUGAGCAGGGUAACCAAAAGGACUGAAAAAGAGAAUAUUUUAGAACACAAAAAUCAAAAAGUAACUAUCAAAAACCCAGUUGUUAUGGCUGAAGAUAUCAUGGAAGAAGAUUUUGAAUCAAAACAACUUGGGAUUGAGAUGUUCUUGGGCCUUGAUGAGUUUGAUGGUCACGAGGGAAUUGAUUCAACAUUUAACAAAGAUGAUUUCUCACUGAACAUAUCUUUCUGUUAGUUCAACCAUACUCCCUGAGUAGGAGAAUGAGGUCAUGACGUAAAAUUUGGAGUCUCUGUUUGAACCUAUAUUUGACAAGGCCCAUGUGGUAGACAUGUGGGUCGGGCUCACAAGGCGUAAUGACGCGGUUAAAUGACUGUGGCAUAUUGAACAUCUAGAAAAUCUAGCUGUCAACUUUACGGUAGAAGAUAACGCGUUCAGAGGGCCAUUACCAAAUUAGGAUAAAUCAAAGGUGAGGUGGACCCACAAGGCAUAAUGAAUGACUGCGGCAUAUUGAAGAUCUACGACACUAGCUAGCUAUCAUCUUUAUGGCAGAAGAUAAUGUGUUCAGAGGGCCGUUACCAAAUUUGGAGAAAUCAACUUGAAUGGGCAUUAAGGGGUUUUAUUGCUGGAAUCAUCAAUUAUUGAAUCAAAAUACCCUUAAAAGCAGUUACUGAAUCGAAUUACCCUUAAAGCAGUUUGAAUAUUUCUUUAUUUAUAAUCAAUCUCAACAUUCAAGAAUGAGAUUGUGAGGCAUUCGUGUUGAAUAGCAGAGCCCUAGGGUUUCUGAGCAGAGGGUGGCGGCGGCGUGGUAGUCUUCACCGGCAAGCCCGCGUCGUUGGUCGUGCGUGGCAGAUCUCAGGGUCUGUUUGGUGGUGGUCGAGGUUUCGAAAGGAUCCGCUUGUUCUAGGAUCUUGGUGGCCGGGUCUUGGUGCUGUGAAUCGAGGCAGAUCAGUUGUAGGUUCGUCGGACUGGUAUCGCCGUGCCUAGGGUUUGGGUGAAGGGCUAACACGGCGGCGUUGGAAGAUUACUGGCGGGUUAGCAGAUCGGAUUCUCAUCUAGUCUAGGUGCAGUCGAGGUCGAGGCGAUCGACAAUCGGAGUUGGAGGUAUACCGAUCGGUAGGCACUGGUGUGGUAGUGCAGUACGUGCUGCUUCUGAGGAUGGCUGCCUGGGGUGGACGACCCCCAGACAGGGCGGAGACGGCAGCGGCGAC